CGAGCAGAAGGGGAGCUGAGGCGCCGCCGCCGCCAUUUUCCCGGAGCGGCCGUUCUCGCCCAUCUCCCUCCCGUGUCUUCCCUCCCCCCCGCCCCCACAUUUGCCUCUUGUUUUAGGAGUCGGAGGAGCCGGGCCGACAUGAGCGAUGUCGAGGAGAACAACUUCGAGGGCAGAGAGUCUCGCUCUCAGUCAAAAUCUCCAGCCGGAAGUCCUGCUCGGGUAAAAUCGGAGAGCAGGUCAGGAUCUCGUAGUCCAUCAAGGGCUUCCAAACAUUCUGAGUCUCACUCCAGAUCAAGAUCAAAAUCCAGAUCAAGGUCCCGGAGGCACUCUCACAGGCGAUACACUCGAUCUAGAUCCCACUCCCAUUCUCAUAGGAGGAGAUCUCGAAGCAGGUCUUACACACCAGAGUACCGUCGCCGAAGGAGCCGCAGUCACUCUCCAAUGUCUAACCGAAGAAGGCAUACAGGCAGCAGAGCUAAUCCUGAUCCGAACACGUGUCUUGGUGUAUUUGGCCUCAGUUUGUACACCACAGAAAGAGACCUGCGUGAAGUAUUUUCUCGAUACGGACCCUUGAGUGGUGUCAAUGUGGUUUACGAUCAGCGAACUGGACGAUCAAGGGGAUUUGCGUUUGUUUAUUUUGAGAGAAUAGAUGAUUCAAAAGAGGCAAUGGAAAGGGCGAAUGGGAUGGAACUGGAUGGCAGAAGGAUCCGGGUUGAUUAUUCUAUCACCAAGAGAGCCCAUACACCUACCCCAGGCAUCUACAUGGGCAGACCUACCCAUAGUGGAGGCGGAGGAGGUGGCGGCGGCGGAGGUGGCGGUGGAGGUGGUGGUCGACGCCGUGAUUCGUACUACGAUAGAGGAUACGACAGAGGAUAUGACAGAUACGAAGAAUAUGAUUACCGGUACAGGAGAAGAUCACCUUCACCUUAUUAUAGUCGAUAUAGAUCACGGUCAAGAUCUCGUUCCUACAGCCCAAGGCGUUAUUGAUGAGUUGAGAACUUGGAUUUUUAAGGAUCUUCUGGAUUUUCCCUACCGUCUAAUCUUCAUCAUCCCUCUAAAAGAAAACCUUUUAAAGAAUGCUGGUUAAUUUAGAGUCUACUCCUUUUGAGUCAAUAAAUAGCUGUUUUCAAUCCCUUUUAUUCUCUUAAAAGUGUAAUUGUAGUUUUGUGUAUUUACACAUCUUGAGCAAAUCUAAAUGGAAAUCCCAGCGUUAAUACAUUUUCUAAAUUUGUUUUAUUUCUUAAAAAAAAAAAUUAACUCCUAGUCUGAGGAAGGUUUUUUUAAAGUUUGUGUUUUGUGUAUAUCAUACACAUACUAUAAUAGAAAUCUGCAUUUGCAAGUAACCUGUUAAUGUUUUUGUUAAAUGUUUGCCUACUUCUUUGGGAGAAUAAAAAGUCACAUCUUUAAAACGCCUCCAAAAUGACAAGUUUUAGUAGUUUCAACAGGAGAGGGUGGGUGGGCAGUCAUGUAGUUAAAUGUAGAAAUGAAGCUGUAGAAGAAAAUUGUUUUUUGAUCAUUUCUUUUGAAGAACUGUGAUCCCUAAAAAUUAGAUUUGUGUCAUAGAAAAAAAAGCUCGUGGAAUCCUUCACAGCAUAUUACAUUUGAAAUAUACCUAUUUAACUGUGCAAAUUUGCUGAAAGUGUGGUUUUUGUGGGGGGGUUCUUUUGUACUCAGUUUAAAUGUUUCCUUAAUCAGUGAAGGACAACCUGUAUUUAUUGAAUAUAGCAAUUAGUUAUAUAAUUUGCUGUUCAUAGAAACUCAUUUGGUUAUUGGGAUAAUGGUUAAGCAAGUUUUUAGUUUACAGUCCUUAUAAGUGGCCAUAUGUAUGGGGGAAAAUGACCAUAUUAUAUAAGUCUCCUGUUUCUCAAAAUAAAGUUAACUCCAUUUAAA